AUGGCUUCCCAUCUCAUCCAGUCCUUUCACUGCCUCCAAGAACCUACUCCAAGGUCCAUGUUACCUCUGACCAAAUAUCCAACUGGUCACCUUGGCCACUGUGUUCUAGACCAGUGGCCUUGCAUUUCUUCCAACGCAUCAAACUUCCACUUCAGGGUAUUUACACCUGCUGUUCUGACUGCAAGUCUCUUCCCCAGGUAUCUGGAUGGCCUUUCCUCCCUCAAAUUCCUGCUCAGUGAGUCCUUCCCUUACUAUUGGGUAAUAUCAGCCCUUCUGUGUUGGUUUUCAAAUAGCAAAUUUUUGAUACUCUUCCUCUUAAGAGGUGAAGCCUAA